GCAGCUAUAAAAGCAUUCCUUAUCUGGUAUGUCUUGUUCAAUCUGUUCAAUAAUCAUCAUGAAGUGUGUUCUGGUUCUCGUCGCCGUUUUCGCAGUUGUGCUGGUGACAUCAGCCCAAGAAGCCGUGAGGUGCAAAAAUGCGGAUGAAUGCGGCGAAGGUGAAUGCUGCGUUGUCCACAGCAUCCUCGGAUUCAGAAGGGGAGAAUGCAGAGCGCUUUCGGUAGAAGGAGGAGAUUGCAGUCAUCCAGAAGAAAGCAUUCAAAUUCUUGGUGGAAAAUACAUUGGAUUCUGUCCUUGUCAUUCCGGUUUGAAAUGCGUAGAUGAGAUGAAAGAAAUUCCAAUUUUCGGAGAAAUUGUCGUGGGUUCCAAAUGCGAAGUUGGAGAUGAACCAGAACCUGAAAAUCCUGAUGUGGAUGAAGAGUAAUACCUAUGAAACUUUUAGAAAGAUCAACAAAGUAAAAACAUAUAAUACGAAGAGGAAAAACUGUAGCAGUUAGGCACUUUAAUAACCAAUGUAAAAAAUCUCAGAUUGGAACCUAAACAUUUAAAGCUAACUGUUAUGAAAUAAAAAAAAUAUGAAAAGGCAGAA